GCACCUGGUAAUGAAUGAGGACGUUUUCAAUUUUUGGAUAACAUGAUACCCUGUUUAUUAAAGUAAGUAAAUUGUAUCUCGGUAGCGAAAAUAAAAUUGACAAUGGGCCUGCCUACAGCCACUAGUGGAUGUUCGGUACAUACUAGGUUUCAUUUUUAAUAAUAGAUAUGGAGGGGCCUGGGAACGAGGUGCAUCUACCUGACGGAUUCAAUCAAUAUGAACUUAUCAACAAUUUUAUUGACAAGCAAUGGCUUGUCUUGCCACCAGAUUUGAAGAAGGGGAAAAUGCGCAGUGCUCCUUUUCCUCAGGCUAGAGAGGAUACCCUUAAUGAUUUAUGGGACAAACACCGACGUGAUAUCAUCACAUCUACGAGAUCAAAAUGGUAUAAGUUCAGCCGGUGGAUUUGCACUCAAUGUCAUGGUAUCAGUGUCAAGAUCUCCAGGCCAUUUAAGAACAAUACAAUAUACCUCCAGCAAAUAACGCCCAAAAUGUCUACAGGAUCCAUAUCGGAAUUAAGUCAGACAACAUUUUACACUUUAAACGGAGGUAGUGCGUCAUUGGGAUCGCUCAAAGUCUUAGACCAGGAUCUUCAAAAGUCUCAUAAACUCGUCUCUUCAACGUGACAGCAGCCCCAGUUCAUUAAUCGCACCUAUCAGACUUACAGAUCCCCUGAGCACGACAAAACGCAAGAAUUCAGUCGAUGAGUUUUUCACAGCACUUAUUAAGGAUUUAUAUCCGAAAACGGCAGACUCCUUCUU